CAUGGCUUCAGCGAUCCGGCGGAGAUCGCGGUCCUGCGCGGGAGCCUGCUCGCCUGGUACGACAGAUGCAAGCGGGACCUUCCCUGGAGGACACUGGCAGUGACAGAGCUAGAUGCUGACAGACGAGCAUAUGCAGUCUGGGUGUCCGAGAUCAUGCUCCAGCAGACGCAGGUGGCUACAGUGAUUGACUACUACAACCGCUGGAUGCAGAAAUGGCCGACACUGCAGGCUCUGGCGCAGGCGUCCCUGGAGGAGGUGAACGAGCUGUGGGCUGGACUUGGCUACUACUCACGAGGGAAGCGUCUGCAGGAGGCAGCAAGGAAGGUGGUGUCUGAGCUGGCUGGCCAGAUGCCCCGGACGGCUGAGGACCUGCAGAAGCUGCUGCCAGGAGUGGGUCGAUACACGGCAGGAGCCAUCGCAUCCAUUUCAUAUGGGCAGGCUACUGGCGUGGUGGAUGGGAAUGUGAUCCGGGUUCUGUGCCGCCUGCGAUGCAUCGGUGCUGAUUCCAGCAGUCCUGCUGUCAUCGAUCGGCUCUGGGAAAUGGCCAAUGUCCUGGUGGACAGGAGCCGUCCAGGGGAUUUUAACCAAGCCCUGAUGGAGCUGGGGGCAACUGUGUGUGUGCCCAAGGCCCCACUGUGUGGGGAGUGCCCUGUGAAGCAGCACUGCCAAGCACAGCGCAGGGUGGAGAAGGAGCUGGCCUUUGCCUCUCAGAAGCUGUUUGGAAAACCUGCCCCAGUGCCUGAUGUUGAGGAAUGUGGUGUUGGGGAUUGCCCCCUGUGUCCCCCAGCCACGGAGCCAUGGGACAGCAGCCUGGGGGUGACCAACUUCCCCCGGAAAGCAGCGAAGAAGCAACCGCGGGUGGUGCGAACAGCCACAUGUGUGCUGGAGCGGAGGGGCUGCCAUGGGGCCCCAGAGUAUCUCAUCGUGCAGAGACCCAGCUCAGGUCUCCUGGCUGGGCUCUGGGAGUUCCCAAGUCUCCCACUGGAUCAAGAUCUGCAGGAGGAGAAGGAGAGGGAGGCACUGGCAGCUCACCUCCAGGCCUGGAUGGGGCAGCCCAUGGCAGCCAAAGGCCUGCGGCUCAUGGGAGAGGUUAUCCACAUCUUCUCUCACAUCCACCAGACAUAUGUGGUCUACUCCCUGCCCCUGGAUGGGGAUGUGACCCUGGAACCUGGCUUGUCCCCAUCCCGCUGGGUGACGGAGGAGGAGUUCCAUGCCUCAGCUGUGUCCACAGCUAUGAAGAAGGUGCUGAAAGCGCGUGAGAAGCAGCGUGGGAAGAUCAGCCCUGGCAAGGGCUCCAAGCGGAAGCGGGGGGCAAAAGCACAGGCAGCAGGCAGCAACGGUCUCGGAACGCAGCUCUCCCUCCAUGCCUUCCUCCGGGCACCGACUGCCCCGUGA